AUAUGCUAGCACAAAUGCACUGAUGUGCUAGUGUCAAUAUAACCUGAAUUUUUGUUCAAUGUUUUAGUUUUUCGUUUCGUUAGUCUGUACAUAAAACAUUUUAGUUUUCUUGUUUAAAUUUAAAGUUUUGUUAUAAAUCAUCAGCAAGAUGAAUAGAAUUGGACCAAGCAUCCCAUCACUUUAUACAGCUGUAUCAAGAGGCAAAAACUACAGCAAACUAUCUUCUAAAGGUAAAUACGAUAUAGUCGUAGUGGGUGGAGGUAUAGUAGGAACUGCCAGCGCCCGGGAACUAUCCCUCAGAUUUAAAAACUUUAAAAUGGCAAUUUUGGACAAGGAGCCUCAUCUUGCAGCUCAUCAAAGUGGGCAUAACAGCGGCGUAAUUCAUGCUGGUAUUUACUACAAACCCGGCACUCUUAAAGCAAAACUCUGCGUGGAGGGAAUGCGAUUAAUGUACAACUAUGUUGAGGACAACAACAUUCCAUAUAAGAAAAUUGGCAAACUAAUUGUUGCUACUCAUCCCACUGAGUUGGACUCACUGGAAGCUUUGUAUAAAAGAGGUUUGCAGAACUCUGUUCCUGGCUUGAAACUGAUUGAGAGUGCACAAAUCUCUUCAAUUGAACCGAAUUGUGUGGGUAUCAAAGCCAUUUGGUCUCCAAUGACUGGAAUAGUUGACUUUAAACUUGUUACUGAAUCAUAUGCCAAAGAUUUUGUUAAUAAUCAAGGGGAAAUUGUUUUAAAUUUUAAUGUAGCUGGGUUUAGGCCAGGUAGUGAUCCGAAUUAUCCAGUGGAGAUUUAUUCCAAGAAUAAGGAGAGUGUUAUUCAAGCAAAAUACGUUUUAACAUGUGGUGGUUUACACUCUGAUAAGUUGGCAAUGAUGUCAGGGUGUUCAGAAUUUCCAAAAAUUGUGCCUUUUAGGGGUGAAUACCUUAUAAUGCGUAAUGUACCAGAUACAAAAUUGGUAAAAGGGAAUAUUUAUCCGGUGCCUGACGCAAGAUUACCGUUUUUGGGUGUCCAUUUCACUCCGAGAAUGGAUGGAUCAAUUUGGUUGGGUCCCAAUGCAGUUCUAGCAUUUAAACGGGAAGGAUACCGAUGGACAGAUGUGAACGUAGGCGAAUUGGCAGACGCAUUAAAAUACUCUGGAUUCCGAAAACUAGCAGCUAAAUACAUGUCAGCUGGAAUGAAAGAAAUGCAGUAUUCUUUCAUGCCUAGUUUACAAGUGAAACAAUUGCAACGAUUCGUUCCAACGUUAAACCGUGAUUCUGUUGAGAAGGGACCUGCUGGUGUUCGCGCUCAAGCUUUAGGUUCCGACGGAGAACUCAUUGACGAUUUUGUGUUCGAUUUUUCUGGUACAACUGAAAUCGGUCGAAGGAUUUUACACUGCAGAAAUGCGCCUUCACCUGGCGCAACAAGUUCGCUUGCAAUUGCGAGGAUGAUAGCCGACAAGAUGACGGCGCAGUAUUUUCAAAAAUAGUCACAUCUUCUGCUUAUCUAGAUAAUCUCUAACAUUUCUAAAACAAACAAAAAAAAGAACUUUAAAAUCGGUAUUUUAGCGAGAAUAACUCUGUGGGAAUGUUACGGCUGCAUCGUAAUGUAUCUUUUCUGGUCCCCAAGGCGUAUGCAAUCCCCUGGUGAUAAUGUCAGGUACUUGUUGGGAAAGUCGUAAAUAAUAGAUCCGUGGUAAGCAAUAUUCGUUAAAACCACAAUAUAUUCACAGAGUGCGAAUAAACUAUAAACUAGAAAAAAA